AUGGCUAGUUCAAGAGAAAGUCUGGAGGCCGUUCCCUGUAUAUGGUAUUUGAAGAAAACCGCCAGUGACGAAAACUUGCCUGGAAGCACGAAGAAGUCGGGCGGGAUCGCGUCAGUCCGGACGCUCGAUUACCACUUACACGUACGGAAUGUCGGUCUCCUGCAGCUGCAGCCAAAAGGUCACAAAGAUGUUGACAACCGGGUAGAGACUGUUACAAACGAGGAAGGUUGCAUCGGAUGCUUCGAGAUGGGCAAUGGAGUUCACGACAUCAAGAUCAGCUACCCAGACGUUUCACCGACAUGCCAAGCCAGACGACGGAUUCGAAGGAUCUCUCUGCGUCAUGUAGUGGAGUUCGAUGACACCUUCCCUCCGUUCGAUAGCAGACUCCCUUCACUUCUGACCAUGAUGAAUGAAAUAUACCGAUCAUCAACAGUCUCAUCGGAAGCUUCACAUACAGAAGAUGGUCUCUCGGGAUGUUUCGAAGAGAAUGAGGACCCCGAAAAGACUCUACUGCCUCACAUGGACACCAAGGCAGGAUCUCGAAGUGUUGGGAAGGAUACUUCAUUGUUGAAGCUCUGCAGUAAAAGGCUAUCUCUAGUGACUUUCCUCAACAUUUCACUCUUUGUCGCCUCUUUCACUUUGUGGCUAUGGCCUGCACCGUUGAGGCAUCCUAUGAAGACCCAGGACUAUUGGAAAAGAACCUCCUUUUACUCACCGAUACUUGAGCGCUUCGAUAUACCAAAAAUCAGCAGAGUGACGAACGGCACUUUAUAUGACACGAAUCCGCCCUCAGUCUUUCGCCAGCGAAUUGGCAAAGAAGCCGAUAGGGAGUGGCAUCGUAUCGGUGACCAUGUCUGGCCUCUCGUCAUUGGGGAAGCGGAUGUGAGGCAACUUGGAAAGGACCCACGAGUCGCUGUCAAGAUUCCAGAAGUUCUUGGCUACGGUUCAGAUGCAUAUAUUGCGCAAACAGAAGUUUUCCAUCACCUCCACUGCUUAGAUAUGCUGCGCAGGGAAAUAUCAUACGAGCAUUACUAUGAGCCCAAAGAGGGACCUUGGCCAGGAGGAGCUCAGCAUCAAGCCCACAUCGGCCACUGUUUCGAUAUCCUUGCCCAAGCAAUCAAGUGCACCGGGUCGGUGGACAUGAUAACUUUCAACUGGAUUGAAAAUUGGGAGCAACCAUUCCCAGAUUUUAUGAAUCACAAAGUGUGCCGUGACUUUGACGCCUUAUUGGGCUGGGUCAAUGAGAACUCCAUGGACCCGAAGGUCUUUCAACAAAUGAAAGCGCCUCCGCCUGGGUGGCCUGUCAUGCCAGAGCCAGGCCCGGCAUCUAAAACACCAAGGAAUAUUUUGAUGAUAGUCUUGUUGCAGUAUGGUUUGCUGUGGUCAACUCGGGCUUUGUUUACAUCCGAUCCUAGCCGCUUUCUACUCAUUGUGUCGGCGCACCGACUCAUCAUGACCAUGGUUACCCAAUCUACGCCUCCGACCCCGCAGACGGAUCUGAAGACGGUGGUCGAAGCUCGGACUCGGGAAUGGCAUUUCCACAUUUACUUCCUCCUACAGUCCCCGACUGAGACUUCUGCUGCCCUUGCUCUUCGUGAUGCUGUUUUGAGAUUGCGACGCGACGGCGCGUUCGUUGCUGUCCCACUAUUCAGGGUCAACGAAUUUCCUAUCGGACCACACCCAGCGGGAUCUUAUGAGAUCUGGGUUCCCGACUCCUCGUUUUCUGACGUCUUUUUCUACUUGGCGGCAAACCGAGGUAACUUAAGUGUCCUCGUACACCCAUUGACAUCGAGUCAACGUCGAGAUCAUGAGACAAGGAAUGCCUGGAUGGGUACUCCGUGGCCUAUUUACCUUGACAGCUUGCCAUCCGAUGGCGAUGUUCCUCUUCAAUAUCCCGAACUGGGUCUUGGUUGGUCCACUUCGCCGGAGCAGGAGAUAUCCUUGGAGGAAAGGUUGAGUAGGGGUGCAAAGGUUGAGGCUCUGUUAGCUGAUGACCCAGAGGCUGCGCCUGCGCCUAAGGAUUGA